AUGAAGGGCAACUUCCUGCUCAAUAUAUCCCUCCAUUUGGUUUUAGUGGGAAUUCUUCUCCUAUUUGGAAAUGCCUUGACCAGUGAACCGACUGAACACACAUGGCAAAUUAACCACUACGGCUCGCUUAAACAGUUCCAGCCACUCUCUGGCACGUCAGGAAUAGGUAUUUCAGAACAAUCGGAACUCAUCACUUUAGAUUUACCCACGAAAAGGAAAAUUAGCUCAAUUGAUUUGAAGUUCACUGAUUCUGAUACAUAUGCAUUGUUAGAUUCCCUUCUCGUGACCUACUCAACCACGUCCUCGACAAUUCAUAUCUUUGAAAAGUAUUCCGGGAUCUUCGUUGAAAAGGUGAAUUUGGAAUCACCACCUGUUCACUUUGGCGAAUUCUACAACAAUGGUCUUCUCAUUCUCGAUUCUAGAGGAUCAUUGACUGCGUGGAACAAGGAUAUUAAGAAAGUGGUAGGAAAGUAUGAUGUCAAGUCAUUCAUGACGACAGUAUAUGAGGACCUCAUUUAUGUCUCUCUUGGUUCAAGUUUGAUUUGUUUGAACGACCAGGCUCAGAAUAUCAUUACGAAUGUGAGGUCUUCAUCAGAUAUACUUGACCUUAAAGACGGUUUGGCAAUCUCCAAAACUGACAUACUUAGUCUCAAGGGUGCUAGCUCACCUGUGAGUCAAGAAAUUUCUUUCGAGAACCCAAGCAUCUUAGCUGAGAAUUUGGUUGCAGAGAUCGAGUCCGAAAGAUUCACCAUAUACAAGGUAGAAGAAGGGAAACAGCUUGAUCGACUUACGCAACAUGCGGCUCCAGAUGCCCUUAGUAUCAAGGUAGUAUCUGAAAACGAUAAAGUCUAUGUGGUUGCCAUUCUGGGAAAUGGUUUCGAAAUUCAUGACUUCACUAAGUUCGUGAAAUCUGAAAAGCUUGACGACAUUGUGAGCUACGAAAGAUUGGCAGCUACUCAAGACACAGACUACGAAGUCUUCUUGUCUACUGGAGGUAGUUUGAUUUCAUUUGUUGCUUCCUCAUCCAACGAAGUAAAUGUUUUGGUUACCCUGUUGUCAACCGAGGACGUGGAGUCAUCGACUUAUUCUCUUUCUGAGAGUUUACCUAGAUCAAGAUCGAUCCUUAUUGAUAAGCCUAGAUCUGCUUCACAGAUUGCAAAGACACAUUACUUAGCCGAGGAGUCUCAUAGGGAUAGCCCUGUGUUGAGAAUGAUUAUCAAGUUAAAGCAUCACCUUUCUCAGCUUGGUCGCGCUUUCGUAAACCUUUUAAAAACAGAAGUGUCUAAAGUUGUCUCUGAUGAAGAUGUUUACGGCUUCCUGAAACUUCUUGUUGCCUUUGACGAUCAAUCAAACGAACUCAUCGCGAGAAAUACCCGGUCAUCGGCGAUCGAAUGGAAGACAAAAAUUGAGGUUGACAGAUUGAUUGGACUCGAAUCAUUAAACGAUUUGAUUUAUCUUUUAACUCCUAGCCAGUUAUUCACUAUAAGUGCCAGGACAGGAACAGUUGAGAACACCAAAGACUUGAGCAAGGCUGAAAAACUCGUUAAAUUAUCCGUGGACUUACUUGAUGACCUUGCCGAAGAAGGCUUUGAACCUUUUACCUUUGGUGUUAAGUCUGGCUCUUCCUUUUAUACCAUUGAUCCCUCCAAGAAAAUACUCGAUGACCAAUUUUAUAUCGAGGAAGUUCAGAACUCUAUCCAAGCCUACAAAAUCGUGGAUGAGAAACUUUUACCAACUUGGAACUAUAAGUCUCCAAGUGAAAAAGUCUUGAAAUUCAUCAAGAAUCACGAUCAGCUCUCCCCAGCUUCGGGAAUUGCUAAGGGGCAGAGGAAAGUUUUGUACAAAUACCUCAAUCCAAAUCUUGUCACACUUGUUACGGAGGAUAAAAGGUCCCAAAUAGCAGUGCAUUUGUUGGAUGGAAUUACGGGUUCAGUCUUGCACGUCCAGAGACACCAAGAUGUUUCGAUAGAUCCAUCUACCAUUAACGUUAUACAGAACGACAACUGGGUCAUUUACUCGUAUGUGAAGAAGGGUGAGAAGUAUGAGCAGCAUGUUUCUGUCAUUGACUUUAAGACAUUUAUUUUCCCGGAGAGAAUUGAGCUUCUUAGUUCAAGCGCUACCAGAUUUGGCAUUACAGUUAGAUCUAUUAUAGCACUCACGGAAAGCGGAAGUUUGGUAGAAAUCCCGAAAUUCAUGUUUAAUUCAAGAAGAAUUGACGACCGUGCUAUGGUUCAAACUGAUGCCGAAGAAUUCAAGAUGAUGCCUUACGAACCGGUGAUUGGUAAACCAGAUUUGCAGGUCUUGAAUGGAAACCAACCAAUCAAACCAACUGGAGCUCAUCAGUCUAUUUUGGUACAAGCUACAAACAUGGAGUCGUCAAGUUUGGUAUGUUAUGUCGACGAUGCUACCGAAUUCUGUACCAUCAUUCAACCUUCUUCAUCCUACGAUAUUUUGAAGUCUGGAUUUGAUAAACGUACGUUGCUCUUGACGAUUGGUAUCCUAUUCACGGUCUAUGGUGGCUCCAAGCAUUUUGUUAGAUCCAAAAAGCUCAAUGCCAAAUGGCUUGACUGA